UUUGCCAUACAAUCUUCAGUGUGAUUUUGCAUCUGCAAAUCUUCGAUUGGCCUUUUAUCGUUCUAUGGAAACUACUGGACAGGAAAGAAGGAAUGCCAUUGCUGCAUCUCAAGACAAGCUGAGUAUGGGCCCAAUACAGGAAUUACAGGAGAGAUGGCGCCGUUACUUUGAAGAUUUACCCUUGGACAGUGCUGAACAUUCAAUAGAGCAUCCCCAUCUUAAUGUGAAAAGGGGCAGCCAUCAAUUAUCUGAUGCAUCAACACCAGAAGAAGGGCCUUCAUCAAAACAAAUGAGUUAUAUAAGAAAGGAUCCUACUGAUACAAUAGAAGGGGACACUCCUAAUUUAGCUUCCCAAGGUAAUGAGGCACAGGUGAAUUCUCAGUAUUCUAGGGAAGAGCAUUCUCAGCAAAAAGAUAAAUAUCUGGCGAGUUUUAUUGAGACCUUACAUCAGGAAGGUAGAUCUAAGUCAUCUGAAUUAGUCUUAGACAAGGGUUUAUCUUCUCUACUAAAUGUACAACAGAAUCCAGGCAAUUUAAUUGCAGGUUCCUCUGAUGCUUGCAAACUUAAUUCUCCCCAUUCACCAUUACGUGCUGACCAUGCACAUACUAGUAGUUUAGGCCAAACAGGUGGGUCUCGACAUGAGGAAACUGUAUUCAAGCCUAAUGUUGCUGUUCAGCAAGGUCCUGCAAUUACUUCACACAUUCCCCAAUCAGUUAAGGAGAAGAUUUGGCGGGGGGACUAUGUUGAAAUGUUUGAUUUGAUUGAUGCGGAUGGGAUUCAGCAUAUCGUGGACUCUGAUGUACCAGGUGCAAAAGACCUUCUGUCUGCUUUUGCAGCCCUAAGUAAGCAUCCACCCAAGAAUUUUAGGUCUAAGUCAUGGGAUAAUUGGACACUAGGUUUCAUAUACUUCAUGGCUGUUGUUAUUGAGAAAGAACCUUCACAAGCACUUCCAUUAUUGAGCUAUUUCUUAAUCAUCAGGGAGGCGUACUUUAUUAGAGGAGGUCUAGCUUGGUUAUGGUAUGAUCAGAAGUUUAGAAAACUUAAAGCAGUUCUCAAACAUCUCAGAUGGGAUGAACAGCAUACCAACACCUGGUUAGGAGUUAUGAUUGACAAGCCAAAGAUGCUGUCCCAUACCAUUGAAAGUCAAGUAGCUUCUAAUCCUAACGUUUGUUGGGCUUUUAAUGCUGGUAAUUGUGAGUGGCCUGCCUGCAGAUUCUCACACAUUUGUUCUCACUGUGGAGAUAACCAUGCAGCUGUUAAAUGUUGGAUUAAAGACGGUAGCAAAGGUACUAGCCUUGGUUGUUCCCCUGACGUAAAUCUUCAGACUUUAUAAGUUAACAUGUCAGAAAGAGGUGGGGGCUCCUUUUGAGGCUUGCAGUUGAAGUUUUGAAGAAAACUUUCCCAUUAGAUAUUUUAGCAGACUUAUUAAAAGCCUGUCCGGAUUAGCAAGUUGCUUAGGAGUUUUUGCAAUGUUUCCCAUCAGAAUUAUCUGUAAAAUACAGUGUUUUAAUUGCAAGAAUGUAAGGUCAGUACAUGGGAAAGAAGCACCACUAAAGGUGGUGCUGCAUAAUCAGAUUGCUAAAAGGAGAAGUUUUAAGUCCGCCUUCUCUCAGUUUAGCAUAAAAAAACAGAAGGGCAAGCUUUGUUUAGUUCUUCCAUGAAUGAUGGCAUAAGCAAGCAGGAUGUUAAGGUGGUUGCUUCAUUGGCUAAUGCCAUUAUUCUUCAGUUUAAUGACCAUUGGUUAGGAAAUUGGAUGUGUAUGUGGCCUUCUACCUUCUUUCUGUUUAUCCCAGGGCUGCCUCCUAUUGGGCUAGCACUUUCAGGUUAGUUAUUACUUUGAUGUAGCCAUCCCCUUGGGCUGUUUGGAGGUGUCUGCUACUUUUGCAGAAUUUAGCACUGCCUUGCAGUGGGUGCUUAGGAGCAGAAUAAUCCCUCCCAGCAUGCUGUUCACUACCUAGACAAUUUUCUGAUUGUAGGAAAAGGGAUGACUUGUAAAAUUGAAGGACUUUCUAUAUUUCAAGGUUUCUGUCACCAUGUUGGGGUUACUGUAGUUCACAAUAAAAUCGAAGGCCUUGCUAAGACGUAUGUUUUGGAGCUUGAAGGAGAUAACAAUUGCUUCUCAAUUUGAUUGCCACAGGAUUGGUUAGAAAACCUGUGCGUGUCAGUACUUUCUUAUCUAAAUAAGUUAAAGUUGGCCAGGCCGUGGAACUGUGUGGUCUGUUAAAUUUUGCAAGCAGAGUGAUAGGUUUGGUAAAGGCAUUUACAAAAUCAUUGUUGGUAGACCACAGAAACAUCACAAGAUUGUGGUUAAUAAGACAAUGAAAUUGAACUUCCAUUUGUGGUCCAUCUUUUUGUUGAACUUCAAUGGUCUAUCAUUGGUAGGUAUAAUGAGUUCCAGGUGACACAGUUCAGUUUUUCACAAACACAGCAGGGGUAUUGGACAUGGGGGCCUACAUCAAAGGACAGUUGCUUUCUGUACACUGACCUUUUUACUGUCUAAGGAUAGGAAAAUAGAUAUCACUUUUCUUAGAAUUAAUGUUCAUUUGGAUUGCAGUAUUCAUUUGGCAGGAAGAACUUUGCAGUAAGAGUUUUUUUCUUUUUUUUUUUUUCUUUUGGUCAGACAGCAAGGCUGUUAGACAAGUUUUGGCCAAAAGGUUGUCCAGAUCUGUGCGAGUUCAGUCUUUAAGGCUUUUUGUACUUCAUAGCCUGUGCAUUAACUUAUCUUUCUUUUCUGAGGGCUUCCCAGAUAUUCAUAUUGUAGGUUUCUCAUCUGCAGGUUGCCAAAUAAUGUUGUUUGGCUCUGGAUACGGGUACCUUGCCCACAUAGAUUCCAGAUGAAAUAUGGACAAUUGGAGAAGAGUACCUCAUUUUCUGUGGUAGAAUUUGUGGGCCUCUAACACAAAAGAGGCAUAUGGGGCAACUGUCAGUGCUCCCAGAUAUCUUUGGUUGAUCCUUCCUAAAGAAGAGAGAUUUUUGUCACCACAAUUAAUAUUGUGCCAUUUAGCAUCUUGUUGGGUUAAAGACAAAGCUUUUGAUACCGCUAGGGUUCAUUUAUCAAAUUUUAAUCUAUUUGCCAGAAUAUGCAGACUUCAGGAUAUAACAAAACAUUGGAUGGAGCUUAGAUUAUUAAAAGAUGGGACACGUUUAAAGGUGAUUGCGCCAGUUCACAACACCCUACAGGGAAAUCAGUGUUUAAGUCCAUUUUAGUAGGUGUCCACACAGCAUUGUCUAAAUAUCAGAGUUAUGCAAUUUGGGCUACUUUAUUAAUUGGUUGUAUGCUUGACCAUUUCAUAUUAUUGAAUUACUGGGGUUUCUGGUAUAGAAUCACAUACGAUUGGUUAAUGAUUCUGAAACAGUGUAGGUUCCCAAGUUUAAGAUUGUUCAGUCAAGUUGGAGCCAUCAAGGGAUACUAGGUAGGAUUUCUAUUACUUUAAUUUGCUGUUUGCUGGUUUAAGUACGCUCCAUAGCCUUGCCUGCCCUGCCAACAUGAAGCAUUUAUUUAUUUUUCCAGUGGGUCUCAGCUAAUGCCCAGGAUCUCAAAAUCUGUUUACAUAGGGACCUGUCAUCCCAAGGCUUGUAUUCCAUUGGUUAUUCUUCCCGUUCAUUUAGUGUGGGUUGAGCCUCCGAUUCGAAUUUUGAAGGUCAAUCCAUAGAACUGAUUAAGAGGACAGGUAGCUGUCCUCUCUUGCUUAUUUGACUUAUACCCAAUACUUUAUUAAUACAGCUUUGGGGUUGUUGUUUGUUAUUCUCUGUGAUGUUUUUUUCUUUUCUUUCAGGUCCCGUACGAGUUUUGAUCUUGGGACAUUCUUUAAUUGACUGGGCAGCCAGCAGAGCAAAAGUACACCAAGGAGGACUGAAUUUGGGCUUGGAUCCUCGUUCCUGUGAAGUAAUUUGGAAGGGUUUUCCUGGCAUGACCUGGGAUCAGUUGUUGUCAGUAUUAUCUCAUGUCAUUUCUGAAGUAGGUCAGAUACAUGUUCUUAUAGUUCAUUUAGGUGGGAAUGAUAUUGGCAAUACCCCUAAGAGAAAAUUGCUAUCUAACAUUCUGAGGGAUUUAACUACUGUGCAACAGUUAAUUCCCGGCCUGCUGGUUGUCUGGUCUUCUGUUGUGCCCAGACGUUUCUGGUAUGGGGCCAAUAACCCUGCAGCGUUAGAGAUUGCCCGCAGAUUCUUGAAUCAUCGAGUAGCACGUGCUGCUCCUCGGUUAGGUUUUGCAGUCAUUGAUCAUUGGGAUUUCUCAGGUAAAGACCCUGUUUGGUUUAAUGAAGAUGGUAUACACCUCUCUGACAUAGGUUUAGAUUUGUUUAACCUCAACUUGUCCCGUCAUUUGCAAGCCCUGUUUUCACACCCUGCUGUUUAUUGCCCAUCAUAGCAAAAUUUAAUUUUCAUUCUAGACAAGGUUUUGUAAUUAAUAAAGUUGUACUUUAUUUGAUUGUUCAUUAUUGGCUAAUUGCCAAUGUUAUACGGCCAGGAAACUGAGGGAAACAGGCUGCUUUGUGGCCAGCCUAGUGGGUGGUCACUGUGCAGCCUUCCCCCAUUUCAUUCCUGGGCCUCUUGAAGAUUAAGAAUAUGUGAGCGAGCGGUUUACAACGCUGCACAUGACCAGUGCCCAUUUUGCCGAAGGGGCGUGGUUAUAUGCCACUCGGCUAGAAAGGAAUAGGCAGGACCGGUUGGGCCGUCUGUCAUGCCACCCAGUCAGUAGGGCCUUUCAAGUAAUUGGACUAUUGUCAGUUUUAUGUGGUUUAUUAAUUUGACAGAUUUUGAUUUGUCUGUGACUAAAGCUAUGUAUUUAUUAAUAAAAUGGUAACUAAGA